CACGACUUAAAGGGCGACCUGAUCGCAGAUCUGCUGGCGGGAAUAACGCUGGCAAUAUUCCACGUACCCCAAGCUUUCGGGUACGCGCUGAUCGUUGGCGUGCCAGCCGUCAACGGGCUAUACACAGCGAUGUUCCCGAUGAUGAUGUAUAUUCUGAUGGGAACAUCGCGGCAAAACUCCAUAGGAGCUUUUGCCGUAGUCUGCAUCAUGACGUCGCAGGUCGUGUUCAAGGCCCGCACGGCCUUGGACCUUCCGGACGACAUGAUCGUCAAUGUGACGGCGGCCACCUCGCUGCUAUCAGGAGUGUACCUGCUCCUGUUUGGGCUUCUGAAACUCGGAGGCCUAAGCGUGUUCCUCAGUGACCAGUUCAUUUCGGGGUUCACCGCCGGCGUAUCGGUCCACAUUGGGACUUCACAGCUCAGUGGGCUCUUCGGCUUCGAAGUUGAACACUACUCCGGAGCUUUCUCGCUGGUGAAGACAUACGUCAACUUCUUCACCCGAGUCCUCCACGAAACCCAUUGGCCGACGCUGGUCUUCGCAGUGAUAGCCGUCGUCAUCAUUCUUGCGGUGAAGAUUAUGGUCGAUCCAUAUCUUCUCCGCAAGAUCCGCAUGCCGUUCCCCAUCGAAAUGUUGAUGGUGAUCUUGUCCAUUGUAGUAUCGAAGCAAUUCGAUCUCAAGGGCAACAACUUCAAGGUCAUCGAAAACAUACCACACAAUUUGCCAGUGCCUACGGUGCCAGUGAUCAGCAGCGCGCUCUUCCAAGCUGUGGUCAUCGACGCUCUGGCAAUCGCUGUGGUAUCGGUCACCAUCGAUAUUUCUUUGGGUAGAAUCUGGGCCAGAGAGAGGGGUUACCAGAUAAGUGCGAAUCAGGAACUCUUCGCCGUCGGAGCCUGCAACGUAUUCGGUGCGUUCUUCGGCUGCUUCCCGGUCGGGGCUUCGGUUCCCAGGAGCUCGUUGCAGUUCCUGGCAGGGGGCCGCACUCAGCUCGUGAGUUUUUUCAACGUUGUGCUGAUUGCGAUCACCAUCGUUGCCCUCGGACCCCUCUUCGAGAAGAUCCCAACGGUCAUCCUCUCCUCGAUCAUCGUAGUUUCUCUAAAGAAGAUCUUCAUGCAAGUUCGCGACUUCACGAACUUCUGGGCCAUUUCAAAAAUCGACGGGCAUGUUUGGCUGGUCACUUUCUUCGCGACCGUGAUCUUGAAUGUCCAGUUGGGGCUGAUAUGCGGAGUGAUUUUCUCUCUGCUAACGCUCGUCUUCAAGAUCCAAAUGCCCAAGACGUACUUGUUGGGAAUGAUUCCUGACACCGAUUUCUACGUGCCCAUCAAGCUGUACGUGCAGGCGAUCGAGAUUCCUGGGGUGAAGAUCUUCCAUUUUGGAGGACCGCUGCACUUCGGGAAUGCGGAAUUCUUCCGAACUGAGCUCGGACGCCGCACGAACAUCGGUGGCCACCAGUACGCGAACCCAAUAGCUGAGGAUAUGAAACACAACGAUAGUGCCGAUGUGGUCUGGCGGCCAGCUCAGCAAGUCAAGGCGAAAACAAUAAUUCUCGACUUCAGUCGCAUCACUUUCGUGGACGGAACUUCAGCCCAGGUGCUGAAAGAAGUCGUUGAGUCGUAUCAUAAGUUAGGUCUCACCAUCUGCGUAGCGGGUUGCAGCUCAGCCGUGUACUCUCUUUUGCGGAAAGCCGGAGUUUCUGAGAUUGUCCUAGAGCCAUUGUUUUUCCCAACGAUCCACGAUGCCGUCAUGUCGGUCACGCGGAACCCAACGACUGUUGUGCAUAUCCAUGCGGUCGAGUGACUUCGGAUUCGAUCCGAAUCCGAGAACCCAAGGAGCGCUUUCUCGAAACUCAAUUGACCCAAGUUGAUCUCACUCAGAGCUUGCUCCACUCGAUCGAAGUCUCGAUGGAAAUCCCUUCCGGCCCAGAGUUCGGCAGGAUUGCUCACGAUUCUGUCGAGUCAAUGUGUUAUUUACAAAAAGUUUUUAUUCUCUAGUAAGUUUUUCUCAAAUCUCCUCUCGUGGCAUUGAGAAGCACCGCUACGUAGGUUCCGAGGCGGCGAGCACGUGAGGUGAGCUCGAUCAGAUCUUUCGAGUCUGGUCGUUCGGCUGACCACGCGACGCCAGACAUAUGUUACUAUUUUAUACAUUUCGAUGGCUCUGAAGAUUCCGACCGAAAGGAGACCUAGUCGUAGAACUUCCGAUUGAGAAGCAUCAUUUUGUUGAUCACAAGUUACUGAAUCACAUCUUCCUUCGCGAUUGCCAAACCUGAAAAAGCAUCCGCCAGACUCACUCGCCGACAUCGACAGAGAGCGACCCUCUGAACCCAGAGUAGGCGUGAAGCCGACUGAAUCUCGACCCAUCGAACGAUCACCUGCGGAGACUUUUAGACCAAUAAAUUGUCGUAU